AUGGCGGCAGUUCAGAAACUAUAUCCACGAGGAACAGUCAAGCGCAUUGUCAAAGCCCACUCCAAUCGGAGCGUGAGCAAGAAUGCCGAUAUCCUGAUCUUUUUGGAUUACAUGUUAUUCAUGCAAGAGUUAAUGCGCGAAGCAUCGAUUCGGUCGCGCAAGUCUGGCGAGAAGAACAUCUCAGCGAAUACUGUGCGCAAAGUUACCGAGGUGCGUUGUUUGAGGUCGAUCUAA